AUGCCUCCCACCACCACGCAACUGCUCAAACUCGCGCUGCCUCUCAUUCCGCAAUACGGGUUCACGCGGACUGCGCUGUCACGCUCGAUCUUGCAGCUCCCGCCUGCCGACAACAGUGGUCGACCACACACGGAGCCAUUGUCUGACUUGGCGGUAUCUGCUCUGUUUGGAAAUGGAGACAACGCCCGGAAGAUGUUGAUUAACGCGUGGCUCGAUGCUGGCAUCGAGAAUAUGAGCCAUAAUAUACCAGGAAAAGUAUCUGUUGCAGACGCGCUUCACACCCGGCUUGCUUAUAACGAGUCUAUUCUGGCUCAUUUGCCUGAGGCGUUCGCCCUGCUUUCUGUGCCUGAGGCCAGGUGGAGCGUCAUUCCCCCACUCGAUCCACUACCGGCACUGAAGCAUUCUGCGCGUAUUGCAGACGAAGCUUGCUAUCUUUCCGACGAUUCGUCCACAAGGUUAUCCUGGUAUGCUCAGCGUGCGACGCUAAUGGGUGUCUACGGUGCCGCUGAGCUCCAUCAACUUACUUCUCCUUCAUCUGCACACGCUUUCCUUGACGAACUACUGAGCGGUGCAAAACAUAUCGAGUCAUAUAUAUCGGAAGUGGGCCAGUUCUCGGACUAUGUGCUGAGAAGCUGGGUUGGGAUUGCUCGAAGUCGUGGGAUCAUCUCAUAA